AUGCAAGAUCAGUUGGGGGUCUCACCUCAGAGCCGGUCUAUUGAAUCUGGGGACAUAGACUCCGUGCCAUCUAGGCGCUACUGGUUACGCGUAGUCGAGGCGACUAGGGGCCCGCAGGAGACUGGGACGGUGACAACUGGAGCGAAAAGUGUUCCGACAGGCCGACGACACCCGGCCGGUACAGAGGGCAGCAUCAAGAGGCUAGGCAAUCAGACAGACAAAUGGGGAUUCAGGGAAGGGCAAACUGGUUGUGUGUCUUCUGCCCAUGAGAGAGAGAUACAAACUGAGAUGAUCGAGAAUGGACCGACAAGAAUGCGCCAGUGCCCUUGCCUAAAAGGUAGUAGCCGAUUCGGGCGUGUAUGUUGCUCUGGAGCCAAGAGCCAGUCACCUGUAGUUGACCCGGGGCAGGAAAUCCAAGAUGAAAUGACCUUUAUUUUGGUCGAAGUUAUUGAAUCUAUUCCCAAUUCAUCUUGA